AUGGCUGCACAGAAUAGUUGGGCUUCGCACAUGGUUGCGAUCUGUUGGAACACCUGUGGACCCGAGAGGCCGAGUUGGACCAGACCAGUCAAUCGCGCCCACAUCGCCGAACCGACGUCGAAUUUGCUCAAUCGUGCCCUCGAGUCCAUGGUCCCCAAAACAAUCACAAUUUCACCUUCCCAACCGUUGUUCGCCGCGAAUCACAAGACAACUAAGGCGGACCAGUUCAUGAACCCUGGUCCCGCACCACGACCUCCUACCGACCGCCCCCGACUUAAUCUCACCCCAUCCACCGCCAAUCUCCCAGGCAACAUGUCUCAGAUGAGCAUCAAUUCUCCCAUCACCCGGACCGCAACCUCUACAUACACUGGUUCGACCGUAUCUCUUCCCCUUGCGCGCCAGCAAUCCAAUAUGGAUGGACAAGGCGGGGUCGCUAUAAUCAAGGAGGGGUGGGCCACCGUAAAGGAGGGCAAGAAUUUCAUCAGUCCCUGGAAGCAGAAGUGGCUCAUUUUGCGGAAGGAGGCACUCGAUUUCCACAAGACUGAUGGCGGCAAGUUGUCCUACCAGAUAGUCCUGAAGGAUGUGCUAGGCGUCUCUCGUGUGGAGGCCGCAGGCACUAUUUUUGAGAUCAAGCGGACCUUGACCGGAUCCUCGACAAACCCCGGAGACGAUGACGGUGUUUCCAAGACCCUUCAAAUUAAGGUCAAAGGUGAUGAUGAGCUAUACGAAUGGAUUGACUUUAUCUACGCCCGAUGCCCAGGCAUGGGUGGUGUCAGCAACCCCACUAACUUCAGCCAUUCUGUCCAUGUUGGAUUUGAUCCCCAGACUGGAGAAUUUGUAGGACUUCCUGCUGAGUGGUCCAAGCUGCUCAAUUCCUCGGCAAUCACCAAGGAGGAUUAUGAGCGUAACCCACAGGCCGUUUUCGAGGUUCUGGAGUUCUACUCAGAUAUCACCAAGCGGGCCCAAAACCCAAAUACCUACCCGAGCCUCACUCCGACACCACCCGUUACUUCAAACCAAAACAAGCAGUUGGGCUAUGCCUCAAGCGGCUCUAGUAUCGCUCCUCCACGAGGCGUGCAGAACCAGCAACAGCGCAACAACAGCUAUGGCAGCUCUCAGUCACCAUCCCCCGCCCCCCGGCGACCAAGCCCCCCGGAAACUGCCCAACAGCAGCGCCAGAUGCAACAAAUGGCUUCGAACUAUGUCGACCCCCAGACACGCGAAGACCAGCGUCAGAAGCAGCUCGAGGCUCAGCGGAUGCAGCGUGAACGGGAAAUCGAGGAGCAGAAUAGGCGUGACAUGGAGGCAUACAAUGCGUCCCUGCCAAAGACACGUACACCUAUGGCUCAGCAGGAGGUAGGCGGAGGUGGAUAUGGUGGAGGAGGCUCUACGUCCGAUCGAUACAAUCCUUCAAGAGCCGCGCCCCAGGCACCUCGUCAACCACAACAGGCGCAAGCACCCCAAUCUCUCCGAACACAGCGACAGGCCCCAUCCGCUCCUACUCCUACCGGUCAAACCCGCCCUCAGCUUGCAAACCAGCAGAGUUCUAGCUCGCGGGAUCAGAAUGGUGGUAGGGCUUCGCCUGCAAGACCCGACCAGAGCAUGCAACGUCCCCAAGAACCCCGCUAUCAGAACGGUCCCAGCAAUGUACCACAAUCUCCAUACCGUCCUGCUAAUAACCCAAACCAACCUCCUUCCCGCCUUCCUGCACCAGUCAACCAGGUCAAGCCGCUUAAUGUUGCCAACAAGCAACAAGCAGCUACCAACGGCCAGCAAAAUGAUGGAGGAAUCAAGGCAGCCGAAGCAGCGCUUACCUCCAAGCCAUCAGCGAGUGAGCGCCAGAAGGAUGUCCGCAUGUCCACCAUGUCUGAGAAUGAAGUCAUGGCCAAGCUUAAGGAGGCUGUUUCGAAGGACGACCCUAACAUGUCUUACGCUAAGCAGAAGAAGAUUGGACAAGGAGCUUCUGGUUCAGUCUAUGUUGCCAAGGUCAAGGAGAAUCCACUGUCGCCCAUCGCUAGAGAAGUCAUUCGCCAGCAGGGAAGCAAGGCCCAGGUUGCUAUUAAGCAGAUGGAUUUGGCUCACCAACCAAGAAAGGAGCUAAUCGUCAAUGAAAUCAUGGUUAUGAAGGACAGCAAACAUCGCAACAUUGUCAAUUUCCUGGAUGCUUUCUUGCGCAACAACUUUUCGGAGCUCUGGGUCGUCAUGGAAUACAUGGAAGGUGGUGCUUUGACGGAUGUCAUUGAUAACAACCCAACCAUCACUGAGGACCAGAUUUCCACUAUUUGCCUUGAGACUUGUCGUGGCCUUGAACAUCUCCAUCAACAGAGCAUUAUCCAUCGUGAUAUCAAGAGUGACAACGUUCUUCUUGAUGCUCGUGGUAAUGUCAAGAUCACCGAUUUUGGAUUCUGUGCUAAACUUACUGAAUCGAAAUCCAAGCGUGCAACUAUGGUUGGUACACCCUACUGGAUGGCUCCCGAGGUUGUCAAACAGAAGGAGUAUGGCCCGAAGGUUGAUAUUUGGUCCUUGGGCAUUAUGGCUAUCGAGAUGAUCGAAUCCGAGCCACCUUACCUUAAUGAGGAGCCUUUGAAGGCACUUUAUCUUAUCGCAACCAACGGCACCCCCCGCCUGAAGAAGCCUGAGAAGCUGAGCAAGGAACUGAAGGCAUUCUUGUCGGUGUGCCUUUGCGUUGAUAUCCGAAGCAGAGCCUCCGCAAACGAGCUUCUUCAACAUGACUUCCUGAAGCAUGGAUGCAACCUUUCGAGCUUGGCAGACCUUCUUGCUUUCCGAAAGCACGCCAAGUAA